GGGGACAUGGGCUCUUACCUGCAGGCGGCGAUGCGAGCCAUGGCGGCGAACGGCGAUGCGGGAGGUACCAAAGCUCAGGAGCUCCAUGCGGCCAUCGAGCUGCCGCCACCGAACCCGCCUGUGCGGCCAGCGGUCGAGCUGCAGCAGGCGUCGGCCAAAGUGGUCAAGGAAUCGGAGAAGGAAGCGGCAAGGAAAGUGCACGCACCUGGUUCGCAGACGGCAUAUUUUGGACGAGCCACCAUGGAAAUCGGCACUGCACCCAGCGAGGGUUUCCGGUUGCAGCUUUCGUUCAGUAAGUUGUUCGACGGAGUGGAAUUGCAGGACGCACACAACAAGAUGGUGGAGGAGACAUCCAAACAGGUCAACAGCCAGCUGCAGGCAGCUCUGGAGAAGACCAUGGGUUCCCUGAG